UUCGUGUUCGUGAUGUUUUAACAGUUUUCCUUUUCAAAAGUGAAGAAGAAAAGACGAGAAGUCAUCUUGAUAAUAAACUCAUCCCUUCUUCAUCCCUCUUUCUUCUCCAGUCUGUAAGGGGAGCUGUGAGGGAUUCAUCAUGGGGAAUUUUAAAGGCCAUGCGCUACCCGGCAGCUUGUUUCUGAUCAGCGGUGUGUGGUGGGCGGUGAAGUACUCGCUGUGGUACGCCACCCGCAGGAACAAGAGCGCUGGUGCAGCGAGGCUCACAACAAGAGCCACACAGCACCGCCUUGAAAUCUUUGAAGGAGCCGUGAUGCUGUUCUGCUCUGUUAUCGGAAUGCUAGCAGAACAGUUUACAGUGGACGGCCCGAAACUCCACCUGUACACCUCAUCCACUCAGCACUGGGCCAAACUGAUGAACUGGCAGCACACAACCAUGUACCUGUUCUUCGGCCUGGCUGGAGCCACGUCACUCGCCGUCCACAGCACCAGCGCAGUGCCUCUGGCUUUAGAUCGCUUACUGCUGGGCCUCGCUUUCUUCAACGAAGGAUUCCUGUUCCUCUAUCACCUGCAUGGCAGAGACAUGCUGGAUGUCCACGUGCACAUGCUCCUGCUGUAUGCCGUGUUCGGAGGAGCUCUCAUCUGCCUGCUGGAGGUCUUCCACAGAGGAAACGUCCUGCUGGAGCUCUUACGCGCCGCGCUCUGUCUGCUCCAGGGCAGCUGGUUCUGGCAGAUUGCGUUUGUGCUGUACCCGCCGAGUGAGGUGAAGUGGGAUCCGUCCGAUCACAGCAACAUGAUGUUCAUCACCAUGUGUUACAGCUGGCACCUGGUCUUCGCGCUCAUCAUCGUGGCUGUAGCACACACCACUGUUAUAUGCGUGGUACGUUCCAAACUCAGGAGGACGCCACCGAUGGAGAUGGGUCUGCUGAAACCACAGGAAAGAGAAGGAGACUCUGAAGAUGAGGGUUUAUAAGUACAAUGUUUAUCCUCCGUCAAUCAGGUUUUCGCAGUAAAGACACGCUCGAGAGCUGCCUGUAAAUGCCAGCAUGAUCAAAACUAGUGACCAGGACAGGGUUCACUUCCUGUCGUCUCAACCCACUACUCUGAAUGUGAGUGGUGACGGUUUAUCUUCAGCUGCCUUUUUGAUCUUCUCUUAAAAGGAAUACUCUUGUAUUUU